AUGGAGAAGAAGAGGGGACGGGGGCGGUCGAAAACCACGGUACCACCGUCACUGGAAAUUCUCAUUGGCUUGAAGACACCUGAGCAUGAAUCCCCUGUUAAUGUUCAGACCCCUGAGAUUGAACCAAGAACUACCGCUGAAGAAGACAAAGAUAUGACAAACACAGUGGCGAAGGAGAACAAGAAAACCCUAACAGAACCGACACAACCACAACCUGAAGAGCGUAAACCAUGGGUUGAUGUUAUCAAUGACAACCGGAACCCUGCAAAAGGAAUGGCAAUAGAGUACGUUGUGCCAAAGAUCGUCAAUGGAGUGAUUGAAAUUGAUAUUAUUGAACAAGAAGAUAUCGAAACGGAAAUACAAUUUUGGGAUAAUGCUCUAAUCUUUUAUGUGGUGGGGGCGACCUGA